AUGUCUAUGAUGACCUGUCCCACCUGGACCAAUUUCAAUUACAUACUAAUUGACGCGGCCAAAAGCAACCUCCCCCUAGUGAAACCACAACUGCACAAAGUCAAAGAGUUAGAAAGCAGCAAAUACUUCAAGAUA